CGCAAAUAUGACACGAUCAUCACGAAAUGCCCAGCAGCCAAGCUCUCCGGCGCCAAAUUCAAUGGCCAAUGUGCUCUCAUCAUCCACCAAGGACAACGAAAUCAAAACUUCGCGGCCAGCCCGAAAGAAGGUAGUGCGAAAGAGGACGCGGAGCGACGCGUCUGACAGCGACUUCAACCAAGAGAACGAGGCAGCCGUUGCAGUUCCCAUCACCAAGAAGCGGAAAACAACACGCUCGGCAAAGGAGGCUGCCAAAUUUAACGAUCGGAUUUUUGGAGCAAAUUGGAUAGAGGAUCCCAUCUUAGCCGCCUGCGAUCCUCCUGCUCGUCGCCACGGCCUGGAUUAUCAUCGACCACUCCUGCUUGAUAGCCGACAUGGUCGUGGCUCUCUAAUUAACUGGUUCGACUCGGUCAGCACCGCGCGUAGCAUGCCAUGGCGGAAGGAAUGGAUAGAUCCACGCUUAAUUGCAGAUGCCUCGUUGUUGCGAUCACGGCUGGAACGUCGCGCAUACGAGGUCUGGAUAUCCGAAAUCAUGUUGCAGCAGACCCGCGUGGCCGUGGUCAUUGACUACUGGAACCGGUGGAUGGCAAAAUGGCCGACUAUCCAAGACCUGGCGGCUGCUGAACCAGACGACGUCUUGGCCGCGUGGCGGGGUCUUGGGUACUACAGCCGUGCGACGCGGAUUCACGAGGCUGCGAAGCUGGUGUGCGAAAACCACAAAUGGAAAGGCCUUCUCCCAGCCGCAGCGGAAGAUCUCGCGGCUGGUGUCCCCGGCGUCGGACGCUAUACGGCGGGUGCGAUCAGUUCCAUUGUCUUCGGACAGGCUGCGCCAAUGGUCGAUGGGAAUGUGCUCCGGGUGUUAAGCAGGCAGCUUGGCAUAUUUGGAGAUGUCAAAACGAAUAAAAUCGUCAUUGAUACGCUGUGGGCUGCCGCUGAUGCUCUAGUCAAGGCCGUGGCACGAGAUUCUACAGAGGGCAGUGACAAGGACGAAUCGGAUAAUUCAGUUAGCGAUCGGCCCGGGCGAUGGGGUCAAGCACUGAUGGAGCUGGGUAGCACGAUCUGCAUACCAAAGCCCAAUUGCGCGGCCUGUCCUGUCAGUUCAACUUGUCGCGCGUAUGGCGAGGGCAUACAGCUUGCUACGAGAAAGGGACUUGUGUCGGGUAAGACUACGGCUGAAACCGACAGCAAGGCUAGUACAUGCGACAUGGAAGAUAUUUGCAGUUUGUGCGACCCUUUCAGAGAGUUCGCGCCACCCGAUGAAGAAGACAACAAAUUGGGAUCUAAGGCCUCGAAAAAUAUGACAACGCCAGCAUCCAAACUAUCAUCUAAGAAACAGGCGACGUUACAGGCCUUCGCGUUCGCACAGCCCAAGAAAAUAGACAAAAAGCCCUCAAGUUCGUCCCUUACACUUAGCACCGCGGCCAUGGAGGUAGUUACGAACUAUGCACGGAAAUUUCCCGUCAAGACUAUUAAGAAGGCGGUACGGGAAGAAGAGACUCUAGUCUGCGCCAUCCGGCGAAGCGACGGACGUUAUUUGAUCCGUCGGCGUCCUGAGAAAGGUCUGCUUGCGGGGCUAUGGGAGUUUCCUAGUUAUAUACUUCCAGAACCAGGCAAGGGAACGCCAAAGACUCGCAAGCGCGAUGCCAAGCAGUACGUGUCCAGUUUGGAUGCCGGCGCAUUUGACGGAAAAUUGAAGCAUCUUAGUGAGCUGGGGAGUGUACCUUGGCUCUUCUCACACAUUAAAUUGACGAUGCAUGUUCAUCUCUUUGAGCUCGACAAUGCCAAUGUCGAGGAAAGUUUUGGCUCUGAUAGUCGGAGCAGGUGGACCGAUACCGUUGGUGAGGAGUCAAUGGGGACGGGGAUGCGGAAAUGUUGGGAUUUGGUGAGAGAGGCCGCGAGUUCGUGAUGGAGUAGAACCUAUUCGAGCAUGCGAACGAACCAUCUUGCAUCGGCGAUUCGUGCCGAGGCGAGGUCUUUGAACUGGACAAUUUGCGGAACUGUCUCAAUUGUUCGUUGUUGCGAGGAAGAAUAACCAGUGCAUGAAGCAACAAUCGCAGUCGGCACUUAUUUGUGCUUUGAUUCUUUUUUCGUGGC